AUGUCCAAUGCUGUGGAUGAGGAUGUACCAGUGGCAGUGCCAGUGAAGCUCUCCAAGGCUGGCACAGCCAGCACCACAGAGAAACCUAUCCUGUUAAACAACAUCGCAGAUGCUGAAGCCUUUGUCAGUGGUGCAGAGGUUGCAGUCAUCGGAUUCUUCCAGGCCGUAGGUUGGGACGGAAGGGGCGCUUGGCACCGCCGCCUACUGACGGCCCCGGCAGAGCGAGGACGGGGCCGGGGGCCGGGGGCCGGGGCUGUGCGUGACCCCCGCACCCCGCGGGCCGCGCAGGACGCGCGGGGGCCGCUCCGGGCCGUUGUGCGCGCGGCGGGCGGCAGGUGUCGCUCUCGCGCCGCCCCGGGCGGGCGGCGGGGUCGGGGAGUGCCCGGGGGGGCUCCGCCCGUCACCGCCCGGCCCGUCACCGUCCGGCCCUUCACUGCCCGGCCCGUCACCGCCCGGCCCGUCACCGCCCGGCCCGUCACUGCCCGGCCCUUCACUGCCCUCUCUCUGCCUCCGCAGGAACCGGAGAGCGCCGAAGCGUCCCAGUUUCGCCUGGCGGCCGGCCGGAUCCCGGAGGUGCCCUUCGGCCUCAGCACCAGCCCCGCCGUCCUGUCCCACUACGGCGUCUCGGCGAACACCGUCACGCUGUUCCGCAGGGUAGACAAUGACCGGAGGAAUCUGGAUAUGAACAACGAAGAUGUUGAUACUGAGAAGAUGACUCGUUUCGUUCGGUUGAAUGAGCUCCGCCUGGUGACAGAGUACAACCCUGUGACAGCAAUAGGUGUGAUGCAGAGUUCGCUCCAGUUUAACCUCCUCCUGAUCACAGACAAGAUGUCCCCAAAGCACCCUGAGCGAAUGCGCAAGUUUCGGGCGGCAGCAGAGCUCUUCAAGGGAAAGAUUCUCUUUAUCCUGUUAGACAGCAAUUUGAAGAGCAAUGAACCAGUAGUGUCAUACUUCCAGCUGAAGAAGUCCCAGCUGCCAGCUCUGGCUAUAUUCCACACACCAGAUGAUGAGCAUGAUGUGAUGACUGUGGAUGAAAUCUCCAUUGAGCGUGUGCAGGACUUCUGUAAUCGUUUCAUACAAAAAAUGAAGAAGAAAGAAGACGAAUCUGAGAAGCCCCUCAAUGAGGAACUCUGAUUCCUUCUCAGCCAACAGGAUGACUGUGCCCAGAAUCAUCUUAUUCUGGUGUAUUAAGAGUUCACUUCACCCUGCAGCUCGACAAUUUCUGAACCAAGUUGGUCAUGUAUUCCCAUCACCAUUCUAUGUAUAUAUAUGCUGUCUAUCCUCUCCAGAAAUCUCUUAUCUCUUCUCGUUUGUUGGUUCCAGUUCACUUCUUUUCAGUACUCCAGUACCUUUGGUAUUGCCUUACGAUGUGCCCUUCCAUGCCACUCUGUUGGAGCAAAGAGUGGCGUAGCAAAAUGGCAAUAUCAGAGGUAAAGCUGGUAGUUCCCAGGGAUCUGUUUCCCUCAUUCUCUUGGCUUUUGGUGAUAUGCUGGGAUCCACUGUCAGCCUUUCCCGACACUACAAAUGGAUUGUUUGCAUGAUGUCACAUGAACUUUUCCAUUUAUUUUACUAAAUAAAGCAGAAAGUGAAUAGCCUGAAUUUUUACUCAAA